UCUUUGUUUUCUUUCUGCACUGGCGGUAAGUGUGUAAUGAAGCAGGACACUCUGGAAACGGUUAUUCGAAGUCUUACAUAAACUUUAAUUAAUACUUUCCAGGCUUUGAACGAGAAUGAGAGCUGUUUUAUGGUUUUUAUCAUCGCCUUAUUCCUAUGUGUGACGGUGUUCAGUAAUUUGACUCAAAAUUAAUACUGAUGUCACAGAGUGAGUCUGAAAGUGACAUAUGGGAAUACAAAUCUCUUAAAAGGAAUAAAAGACAAACGACAUCGAGUAAAGACGGACCACAGCGACGGAAGUUGGCAAAGAAAAAUCCAGACAAAACCUUCAGAGGGAGAAGAUUGAGUACUGAGCCCAAGACAGCCAAUGAAAUAUGUACAUAUAGUGAAUCUGUUCAAGACACCAGUCUGGAUGAACUACUGGCCGAAUCCGCCGUAGCAUCCACUUCACAGUCAACCGAAGUGCAUGAUGGGCCAUCAUCACAGCAGCCCUCUCAAUCCAGCGGUUACUGUCCUGUCUGUCAAAUGCCAUUUUCCAUUCUGGUCGUCCAGACAACACAGUGGCAUGUUGCUGAAUGCCUGGAGAACCCUGGAAACACAAGUAAAGAAUGCCCAGAUGGACUACAGUGCUCUUCCCCCGAUCCAAACCACUACAAGAGAUACAGCCACUCUCUUUUAGCUCACAGUCGGGCUUUAAAUGCCACAGAGGCUGCUUUUUUAAUACUGGGCAACACGCCCAGCUUCCAUCAUGAGCAGAAGACAUUUAAUAACGAUACCUUUAUUUAUAGUAAAGAUAGCUUUGUGGACAGUGCUGUCAAUCUGUCCACUGCAUCCAGCCAGAGUGCCUUUCCUACUCAUGGAUCUAGAGAUUGUCCUACUCCUGUCCGUCCUAAUGCCUUCCAGCUGUUGCGCUCACCAGGGCUUGAGGAUAUUAAGAAAAAGAAAGGCUGGUCAAAUUCUAACAAAGGAUCUAGAUCUCAGGCCUCAUCUCAGGAAUCUAAAAUUAGGAUGUCAACCCCGGUGAAAGCAGAAAAUAAAAGCCAUGCUGUUCAGACCAGAAAAGUAAAAGAGCAGCCAUGUACUUCAGGUGAAGAUGAUUAUAUAUCAUACUCUCCUCUUUCUGAGGUCACUGUUCAAAAGGAAAGGAAGCCGAUAAAGAAAAAACUGUUUCACAGUACAGUGAUAGAGGACAUGAGUGAGAACGAUGACAAUUCUGAUUCACUGAUCUUGUUCAACGAUAGCACAGUGAGCGAUGAUGAUGAUGAUGAUGACCUGUUUGCUGAUGUCUUAGAUCUGUACAAAACCGAGCCAACCAGAAGCCAACCAGAUCCAGUCAUUAAGGAGUCUUGUUACACCUGUGAUCAAUUUAAGACAUUAGAGUCACAUGAACAUUUGAAGAGUUCCAGCUGUUCUGGCCCUACUGAUAGACCUCAUCAGAAAAGUUCCCUUUUUAGAGACUCAAAAGACAUGCAUGUAAUGAAAGAAAGGGAAGAUAAUCCUCAUCUACCAUCUCCUCAAAGUCUGGUCCUGGAACGCCUUCGUGAAAGCAUAUCAAACUCUGCACAGUUUGGCAGCUUCAAUUCUACUUGUGUUGAUGUGAAGUCUGAAUUUUUAAAUAAGGAAAUGUCUUCCACUCAAAAAACCAUGGCCAAUAAGAAACCAGCUCUAUCCACAAAAUCACAAAAUCCCCAGACCAAAGCAGGAAUGUCUGCCUUAAAGCAGACUGAUAUUGGAGUCUUUUUUGGCCUCAAGCCUUUAGAAGAAAAAAGAAAUGAUAUUGGGGCAAGUGUGGAAGAGAAACUCCAGGUGAGCUCUGCUUCAGGGAAGAGCUCAGGAGCUACUGAGCGACAGACUAGACGGAAGAAGAUCACGGCAGUGUCUGGAAUGACCACGGCGAGGGAAGAAGCAGAAGAAGGAGCUGCUCAUCCUACACAAACAGAAGGCAACAGCGGAGUGAGGGCAUGGGGGAGGAAGAGGUGGAACAGAACAAGAGCGACAGAUGGUGGAGAAGAAGAGCUCAAACGAUGCCCGUUCUACAAGAAAAUCCCUGGAACCGGAUUCGCCAUUGAUGCUUUUCAGUACGGGAAUAUCAAAGGUGUUACAGCCUACUUCCUCACACAUUUCCACUCCGAUCACUACGCAGGACUGAAGAAAACCUCCUCCUUUCCUAUCUAUUGCAAUAAAAUAACAGGCAAUCUGGUAAAGAGUAAACUACAUGUGGAUGAGCAGUAUAUUCAUAUUCUUCCCAUGAACGAGGAAUGCGAAGUCGAUAGUGCAAAGGUUAUCCUACUAGAUGCUAAUCACUGUCCAGGGUCGGCCAUGCUGCUGUUUCUGCUGCCAGAUGGCCAGUCUGUGCUCCACACGGGCGACUUCCGGGCUCAUCCGUCCAUGGAGCGCUACCCAGAGUUGCAGAGUAUCAGGAUUCAGACGCUUUAUCUGGACACUACGUACUGCAGUCCAGAAUAUGCAUUUCCUACACAGCAGGAAGUGAUCACCUAUGCUGCUAACACAGCCUUUGAGGUAGUCACACUCAACCCUCGCACACUGAUUGUGUGUGGCACCUACUCUGUGGGAAAGGAAAAGGUGUUCUUGGCCAUUUCUCAAGUGCUGGGUUCUAAGGUCUAUAUGUCUAAAGAGCGCUAUAAAACUAUGUGCUGUCUCGAGUCGGAGCACAUCUGCCAGUGUAUUACCACAGACGUGAAGGCAGCUCAGAUCCAUGUCCUUCCCAUGAUGCAACUCAAUUUUAAGAAUUUAAAAACAUACCUGAAGAGGUUUUCUGCUACGUAUGACCAGCUGGUGGCCUUCAAACCCACGGGCUGGACUUUCACUCAGGAAGUGGGUUUGGAGAACAUACAACCUCAAAUCAAAGAAAACAUCAGUAUUUAUGGUAUUCCAUACAGCGAGCACAGUAGCUUUUUGGAGCUGAAGCGCUUUGUGCAAUGGCUGCAGCCACUAAAGAUCAUCCCCACAGUGAACGUGGGAAGUUGGAGUAACAGAAAGGCCAUGAACGACUGCUUCCGUGAGUGGCAAGAUGAGGUUAAAGCUCUAAAUGCAGGACCAAGAAGUGACCAUAAAAAAGGCUCCUGUACAAGACAGUAACUGAUCACUGCCUCACCAUAUUAGUGUUGUUUAUUCAGACUUCAAAUUUCUGGUUUUGAACAUAAUCAGACUUCUGAUUUGGACCACCUUUUUAUAGUGAUUUAUUUUGUUUGUUUUUUAAAUUCCUGCCUUUGCUGUGUUUUUGUGGAUGCCUUUUGCUCAUUCUCGUGCAGACAGAGGAGACGUUGUUUUUCACGAGUUACCAAGCAAAGUAAUUACUAAUGAAUGCACUAAAUCUACUGUUCAUUCUCAGGUGGAUUAAUGCCUGUUCCAGUACAUUUCCUGUGCCAUACCUCUCCUUCAUUGUCUAUUAUUGUUUGAAAAGAUUUUAAAUAUGCAUAUAUGUGCAAAUAAAUUUGAUAAAUUAUGCCUAAA